GGAGAGCAAAAAGAUGGGUCAUCAACUGAGUACAAUAUUUACUGGCUUAGGAAGGUUUUUUGAGUAUCCAGUGAAGCGCAAACCAAUAUGUUUUUACAGGCAGGAAGACUUCACAGCUACAGGUGAACCUCAAAAGAAAGUGUCCGAGCCGAUCAAGACAGCGAUGACAGAUUACGACAAGCUUGUGGAUCUUUUCUACAAAAGAUUAACUGAACAACGGCAAUAUAAUCAAGAAAUGAAAGAACAAGACCGUCGCUGGAGUAUGCAGAAAGUUGUGCAGCGGUUCCCCGGCUGGAACGAGAUCACUAUCGCUAACCUACACAGCUUGUUCCUACUCUUCGACAACCAAUCCAAUGGGAUGCUCGGAUUUGACGACUUCUGUGCGGUACUGGAGAGCCUCGGCGACGAGACAUCGAUGGAGAUCCGCAAAGAGAAAUAUAACAAUGCUGAUUCAGACAAUGAUGGCUGGAUUACUUACGAUGAAUUUUUAUCUUUGGUGUACAACUUCAACCCGCCCGAGGAGGGGCAGCCGGCAGGGCUGGCGUUGUUGUGCAACGAGGUGGCCGACAACAUACAGUUCGUCAGCAACCUCACCGUCGGCGAACAACUCGAGUACGGAUUGUUUUAA